AUGGCUCCCAGCCAAGCUAUGAGAGUCCUAUUGGGCUUGGGCGCCUCUGCUCUCGCACUGUGGACAUACGUCUUGUUGUUCGUCUUGUCCAUACGAAGUGGAUCAUUCUUCAGGAAGCCGUCAGAAAAGGAAACCAAUGAGCUUGCUAUCGCAAGAGAUCGACUCUGGAACUUAACCAAGUCUCCGUUGCCAGGCUUCUUCCACCACUUCUACCGCCUUCAUAACGGUCCUCUCAAAGAUCUCGACCUCCAACUUCAUUAUGUCGCCAACCAAGAACCUCGUACUCAGUCGGGCAACCUUGUCAUCCUGAUUCAUGGAUUCCCUGAUUCAUACGCCAUGUGGAACCACCUGCUGCAAGAGCCCUCCAUACCGAUAGAAGAAGCAACAUACGUGGCAGUCGACCUGCCAGGCUACGGUGGAAGCGAUAGCCUGCCGAAGUCUGAUACUAUGGUCCUCGAGGCUCUGGCUGAAUUCAUCGUCGCCAUGAGAGAGAUGUUCUUGAAAGAUGACCGCACACAGAACACAUACGUUGUUGCACAUGAUUGGGGCGGCGUGCUUGCCAAUAGACUUGCUGCAGAUGCUGCAGUAUUGGCGGAUCGCUUCAUCAUUGUGAAUGGCCCCUCCUCGGAUCUCAUGCGAGCGAAUGGUACCCAAAUCUUUGAAAGCUCCAGGAAAAUCUUCAAGCAGUUCCGACAAGCUCCCUGGACCAAUUUUGGAUGUCUGACAAAGUCCAUCAAGACUGUGUCGCCAGUGCUGCGACAGUUGCUGAUGUCGGGUUACAUCUUCGCCUUCAAUCUGCCGGCAUUCAUGGUGAAAUACCUCGGCACUGGCGGUAACAUGGCAUUCAUUCGUGGCGUCAACGCGAUUCAGCUGCGUGAGAAGAAGCCGAGUCUGUUCAAGCCCGAGGGCCUGGCCACCAUACUCGGUCCGAGUGUCGCAGAAUGCGAGGCCACAUCGUCGAAUGGCGUUAAUGGAGCCAAUGCUAAAGUCUAUGGCCCAACCGUGGUGCAGCGGGCAAAGUCACCUGGAACUCAUUUCUUGAGCAUGACAAGCUAUUACCGUGACGGACCAGCCUCGAAACCGUGGCAUAAGUCACUGGAACUUAUUGCCGAUCUUCAUGCUAUCGAUUCCGCUGCCUCAGAGUCAAGCUCGCCCGCCAGACGUCGAUCGUCUUCUUCCACGUCGUCAGCUCUCUUUACACCACAGGUCAGAGGUAUGCUCCACGCGCCAACUACAGUGAUUUGGGGCGAGAAGGACGUUGCAUUAGGUAGGCAGCUUUGUCUUGAUGGCCUCGAUGGCUUGCUGCCAAAGGACUCAGAAGUCAUACUGUUGCCCAGAAGUGGUCACUGGACGCCCCUGGAGCCACAGUCGAGAGCUGCAAUCGCCAAGGUCGUGGGGAUGUAUGCUAUUGAGAAAAACAACAUGUUGACUGGUAAGCCUAUGACUCAGCAUGCUGCACACGUAUAUGAAGGCGCGACCCAGAUGGUGAAGAAAUGA